CCUCAGUUAUCAACUCUCUCUCCUCGGGUACAGUUCGUCGUCUGACUUUCCCUCUGUUUUGAUUGUUUAUUUUAUUUUUAAAACGGUUCCGCCGAUUUCGAUAGUCGCGGACUCUGAGAAAAGGCCAUAAAAUCGAGUCAGACGUCCGAAUAUGGAAUUCCGCCGGUUUCCGAUCGGGCCACGACGAAAGUGACGUCCAGCGUUUCUCGGACCUUCGUCGAAAGAUGAACUCUCGCCAGCACGUCCAACCGUUCAACAACAACUCCCUCGCGAUCAGGGAGGAGAUCAGGAGGUUCGAGAGCGUCCACCCGUCCAUCUACGCCAUUUACGACCUGAUCGAGCUCAUCCCGGACCCGAUCGUCUCCCAGCAGAUCAGGGAUCACGUCGUCUGCAUUGAAGAUUCUUUCGUGAAUAGCCAAGAAUGGACGGUCUCUCGCGUGGUGCCGGACCUGCGGCUGGGUAUCGUCGGCUCCCUCUCGUCGGGAAAGUCCGCCCUGGUCCACCGCUACUUGACCGGCAGCUAUAUGCAGGAGGAGUCGCCCGAAGGAGGAAGGUUCAAGAAAGAAGUCCUCAUGGACGGACAAAGCCACCUCCUCCUCAUCAGAGACGAAGGCGGACCCCCGGAAUUACAGUUCACUGCCUGGGUCGAUGCUGUGAUAUUCGUGUUCUCUUUGGAGAACGAGGCGAGCUUUAACGCCAUCUACACGUAUUACACUCAGAUGGCACAUUAUCGCAACUCAGCUGAAAUACCUCUUAUUCUAGUCGGGACUCAAGAUGCUAUAAGUGAGAGCAAUCCAAGAGUGAUAGACGACGCGAGAGCGAGAAAAUUGGCAAACGACCUCAAAAGGUGUUCAUACUACGAGACUUGCGCUACCUAUGGUCUGAACGUGGAGAGGGUGUUCCAAGACGCUUGUCAAAAGAUAGUACAACAAAGGUUGAGCCAGUCUACGAGCUGUUUGGCUACAAGCACAUCUAGGCCUUCAACCCCUUUGACACCCAUGCCACCACCCCAGAUCCUCCUACCGUCAUCGCCUACUCAUUUGCAUUCAAAUUCUCACAAGGAGGUAAACAGAACAGUUGGACAGUGUUUGUCGAUCAGCUCGCACGCCCUCCACAAAGAAUUAACAAGCGAAAACAAUAACAUAUCCAAGAUACCGACACAGCUCGACAACCUGACUCUCAACCCGGGAAUGUCCUGCAAAGACCUGCCCACUCCCAGCUCCACGCCGACUGCCACAAGGAAAAACAGGCGGAGGUCCAAUUUGUUCACGCCCUCCAAGAAAGGCGAGGACAAACUGAAGAAUGGAGGAGAGCUCGGAAGCGGUCGUGCUAUACCCGUAAAGCAAGGAACGUUGUACAAAAGAAGCAGCAAGGCUCUGAAUAAAGAAUGGAAGAAAAAAUAUGUGACAUUGUGCGAUGAUGGAAGGCUCACAUACCACCCGAGCUUACACGAUUACAUGGAAGAUGUUCACGGUAAAGAAAUUCCUCUACAGUAUGUAACUGUGAAAGUUCCUGGGCAGAAACCUAGAGGUUCUAAAACUAUCGUCCAAUCAAACGGAAGCAAUGACGCCCUCUCAUCAUUAUCAAAUUUCCAUCACAAAGAAAAACGUAUCCAGGACAAGGUGUUACUGACCGCUUUUGAAAUACUUAAGGAACCGGGGAGGAUUCCCAAUAAUGAGGAUUCUUUAAUCAUUCCUAUGAAUGCAUUGAUGGCAAAUGGGACUGACUCUAAGGCGGAAACCCCAAAUGUCAAAAAAAGGCACAGGCGGAUGAAGAGCAGCAGUGUGAAAAACCAUCAUGAUUGCGAUGAUACAGACGGUUAUGAAUUUCUUAUUGUGUCGCUCGACAACAAACAAUGGCAUUUCGAAGCCAACAGUUGCGAAGAAAGGGACGACUGGGUUACAGCCAUUGAAAAUCAAAUUCUCAAUACACUUCAGAGUGUAGAAAGCAGUAAAGGAAAACUCAGGCUGAAUUCGACCGUCGAAGCUAAUUCAAUUCAGUCCAUAAGAACUAUGGUGCAAGGGAAUGGAUUCUGUGCAGACUGCGAUGCGCCAAAUCCAGAUUGGGCGAGUUUGAAUCUUGGUGUUCUACUUUGCAUUGAAUGUUCCGGCAUUCACAGGAAUCUCGGCUCGCAUAUUUCCAAGGUCCGAUCCCUCCACCUCGACGAAUGGCCAGCGGGCCAUUUGAGCGUAAUGCUUUCGGUCGGGAACAGACUGGCCAACAGCAUAUGGGAAAACGACAUAAGAGGGCGGCGAAAACCGAUCGCAUCGUCACCGCGGGAGGAGAAGGAACGGUGGGCUCUGGCUAAAUACGUUACCAAAGAAUUUCUUCAACCUUUAGAACCGACCGUCAACCUGUCUCAACUCUUAAUCGAUUCAACUUCAAGGAACGAUAUCAGAGGUGUUAUUGAGGCUUUAGUCAACGGGGACAGCGAUCUUGCCAACACAAUGAUCGGCCCGAAAGAUUCAAGGACGGCACUUCAUAUAGCAUGUGCUACUGGAAAUUUGGCUGUAGCUCAGCUCCUUCUUUGGCACAAUGCAGAUGUCAAUGUGUUAGACAAUGAAGGUAGAAGUUGUGUGAGUUUGGCCAGAUCCGCUGCCAGGGGCCAAUCAGCAGAGGGUUACGCAUCCAGCCUGGUCGAUUUACUCCUCAGUGUCGGGUGCCAGGAGAUAAUGCCGACGCUUAUUUAGCCUCAAGUGCAAUACCAAUAACUCAUUAGUAAUAAGUAAAGCUUUCACUAUUUCUCCUGUAUUUAACACUUGCCGGUGGACAUAAAGCCCAUAAAGGGAAUACGUUUUUCAUAAGCCAAAAUCACCCGACUUAUGUUUUUACCUUGGAAGUGGUUUGAAUAUCGACAGCAAAAAUCACACGUCUGCUCAAAAAAUUAAGUGAAAUAUUCAUUUCUGGAAGAAAAAGAUUUUAAAAAAAACAGUGUUCAAACUUAACAGGGUUUUUUAGCUUAAAAGAAUUCUAGGGCACCUUCCCAAUAGACGAUUUUAUUUUUUUUUAUGAAGAAGUUUAUUGUAUAUUUAAAUUUGUGAUACAAUCUAAAUUGAAUUUUAGGUUGAAUAUAAAUAUAGAGUCAAUUAUUGGCUAUAACUCGUUAUUUCAAUUCUUACAGGGGCAUUCUUAAAGGCAAGUGAGAUAAUAAGAGCUUUUAACUUAAAGGCCUCUGAUUCUAAGCCCACAUACCGUAUUAUUAACAUGCCUAGUUAUUUUGUGUACUUAAAAUAUACAAAAUUGGCUAACGUUGAGCUAAUACACACUACUUCCAAUUAAAUAAAUUUAAAAAAGUUAAACAGCAAUAUCUGUUUGUUUGAAUGACUUAAAAGAGUCGUUUAUAACACUGAAAGUUCUGCAUCUUUUGUUGUUAUAGAAAAUACCCCCUUCAUACUUAAUUUUUGAAAUUUUAGGUAAAUAAGUUAUUAAGGAUAAUGUUAAAAAGGUUAGCAAAUGAAUCGAUAUUCAUGUAGUAAGGUUUGAUGUUUUUUCUGUAAAUUGUGGGCUUUAAUACAAGUUGUUUUUAAAGCCCACAUAAUUGUUUAUCAUAUUUGUUCAGAUUUGUUUUAGCUUUAAUGUUAAAUCAUUCAAGAUAUUUUCAACAUUAAGAAUACAAUGUUUCCAUUCCUGUGAUAAAUUAUUUAAUUUUACUUUUGAUUGUAUAGAUAAGUUACCCCGAUUUUUAAUUAUUAAUUACUUGCACCCAGUUAGGGCAUAUAUAAUUUAAUAAUGACUAUAAUUAUUAUAUUAUUACUAUUACUCUGUAUUAAAUUAUUAUUAGUAGAAAUAAAUUUUAAAAUUGUCACAUUCCUGGUAUAUAGGGUGAUAAGGCUACUAACUUCAUAAUUAUAAAACGUACGAAAAUACUCACUACUUUGUGAUCACAGUAUGCUCUCUAGUCUACUUUCUGUUAACUUGCCAAAAGCUCAAUUACCUGUCUCUGGCCUAGUAAUAAAUCGGCGCACUUUAUUUGUGGAGUGCUUCUUUAUCUCCAGGGUGUGGCAAUCUGUCUGGGAUGUUGAGGUUAGCAUAGUGGACUAAAACGCGGCUUAGGUGCUGCGAAUAGCGUUGCACACCGAAAUAAUUAGCCUGCACGUUUUUGUAUCGUAAAUUCGAAUUAAGAGCAAUUUUAUGAAAUUUAAAAUUUAACAAAAAAAAAUUCUGUACAUAGUUACAGACACAUAAAAUGUUAGUUUAGCGUUGAAAUUAUUUGAUUAAUCGUUAUAGCGAUUGAGAUAGUGAGACCGUUCAGGGAGUGUCGUCUGUUCGAUUACAGACAAUCCAAAUCGUUUUGCGACUUAAAAUGUUAUUAUUUAAAAUGAAAUUAUAUUUAAUAUGUUUUAGAUUGUUAAUGUUAAGGAAAUUUCCAUUGUGUAUUAUAACAAUUAGCCAAAGAAAUGUAUAUAAAAUAUUUAUGUUGCCCCAAAAAAUAAUAAAGGCUUAUAAAAUCCAA